AUGUCCGUCGGUCUUGGCCUCCGCGCACGCCUGGCCGGCGCGCUGGCCUCCUGGGCAUCUCUCGGCCUCCUUGCGGCGCCUGCUCCUCCUGCCACUGUGUGGGUGUCGGGCUGGCUGUACGCAGAGGGGCGCGGCGGCUCGGCCCUCCCCCCUCGCCUGCGUCCCCGUCUCAGCAAUGACCCGGGCCACGGCGCAGCGGCGCUGAGGCCCGAGACUGGCUCCGCCACCAAGGGGGGCAGGAGCGCGGCGCGCCCCCUGCGACGCCCGAGCCCGAGCGCCGCGGCAUCCAAGCGGGAGCCGGAGCGGGAGCGGAAGCGGGAACCGGAGCUGGAGCCGAAGCUGGAGCCGGCACUGCGGCGCACGGAGCGGAGCGAGGCAGCCAAACCUAGAAAGAGAGCUCCCGGGUUCCCGCCGGACUCGAAGCGCCACGAGUCUCAGCCAAGCAUGCACCCCAGGUGCCUGGGCCCAGAGGCACCAGGCAGGAUGAGCCUCCGGAAGGAGAUGGAGCCAGGCGUCUGGUUGCGGAUUAGGGACUCAGAGCUGGAACAUGCCCAAGCAGCAGUGGGCCCUGGAAUAUGCAGCAGGGUACCUCAAUACAACCGCACCGACUACUUCUACUCCACAUUCUCGGAGAACUUGGAGCACAGCCAUCUGCUCGUGUCCCCCGUGCUGGUGGCGAGCGCAGUCAUAGGGGUGGUGGUCAUCCUUUCCUGCAUCACCAUCAUCAUCGGCAGCAUCCGCAGGGACAGGCAAGCCCGGAUCCAGCGCCACCGCCACCGCCACCGCCGCCACCACCACCACCACCACCACCACCGCUGGCAUCGACACCAAGAGCCGGAGCAGAGCUACGUGUCUGAGGGGCACACAUACAGCCAUUCAAGCCGCAGGAUGCGCUAUACCUGCAGUCCUGACGAGGAUUGGCCCCCACCCUUGGACAUCAGCUCUGAUGGGGACCUGGAUGCCACGGUGCUCCAGGAGCUGUACCCGGAUUCUCCACCAGGCUACGAGGAAUGUAUGGGGCCGGGGGCCACUCAGCUGUACGUUCCUACGGAUGCACCGCCGCCCUACUCGCUGACAGACUCCUGCCCACCACUGGACAGCCCCCUUGAUGCCGGCAGCGGCCACAGCCCCGGCCAACACCAGCAGGUGCCGAGCACCUGGCACCAGAGUGGCCUCUGCACCAUCUCUAUGGACACCCUGCCUCCUUAUGAGGCUGUGUGUGGGGCUGGCCCCCCAGGGGGCCCGCUACCACUGCCAGGGCUGGGACCAGGACCCAAGAUCUGCCAGGGUUUAGCUGUCCCAACCCGGGCCCCAGCCUCAGGCCCAGAGAGGACUGUGUAA